UUUCCCAUUCCCAAAACCCAACCAAACCCCUCUCCCCCUCCGCCUCCCCACCAUGGCUCCCGGUGCCCUAGCCCGCCUCAUCAUCGGCCGCCGCGCAGCGUCCCCGCUCCUGGCGCGCCCCUUCGCCGCGAAGGCCCGCGCGCCGCAGCGGGCGCCGGAGCCGGAGCCCCUGUCGGAGGAGGACGACGACUUCACCAGCGGCGGGGAGGCCGCCCCCAUCCCCACCGAGGGCAUCAGCAAGCCGCUCGCCGGCAUCCUCAAGGAGCUCGGGAAGAGGGUCCCCGAGUCCCUCCUGAAGACCCGCCUCGAGGACAAUGGAUUCGCCCUCAAGUACAUCCCAUGGCACCUUGCUAACAAAAUUCUGAAUAUGCACGCUCCAGAAUGGUCUGGGGAGGUUCGCAACAUUGUCUACUCAUCUGAUGGGAAAUCUGUAUCUGUUGUCUAUCGUGUGACUCUCUAUGGAACUGAUGCAGAGAUCUAUAGAGAGGCUACUGGAACUGCUUCUGUUGAGGAAAAAGGCUUUGGAGAUCCUGUCCAGAAGGCUGAAGGAAUGGCUUUUCGCCGAGCUUGUGCCCGCCUUGGUCUUGGACUUCAUCUCUAUCAUGAAGAUAUGUCAUAGAUGCUUACUGAUCAUUGUUUGUGGUCUGGACUUCUGCUUCAUGUCUCUUAGUGCGCGGACAAUUGUCGUUCAGUAGGCUACCCUUUUGUGCUGAACAUGAUAUGAAUGUGCCGGCAUAUAAAACUAAGUAUUCUAGAAUGUCGUUUAGUUGUCUAAUGUAAGCUACAAAGGUGGUUGAUGUUCUGAAUGGUGUGCUUAUAAUGAGCCAGCUUGUUUCAUCUUCUAAAUUUCUUUCUCCACAAAUUUUCAGGGAAGCUUGAUUUCUAUGUUUUCUGAUAAUGUUCAAUAUCUGGAUAUUCAUUUAUGUGCUA